AUGGGUGAGGAUGAAGAAGGAGAUACGAAGAAGAAAAAGAAAAACUCUUCGAAGUAUAAUUACACUUUUGGAGACACAUAUCCAGGAGUCAACUUUGGUCAUAAACAAUGCAUGUACCUCAAGCCUGGAUUGCCCGUUCCGGCUAAUAUGGGUUGGCUCUGGAAUGCGACAGAUGUUCCAGGAUUGAAGUUCCGUCGCGGAUGGUCUCCAGGCAUUGUUGGCAAGAGCGUAGCAAAAUUGAUGACGUUUAAAUGCGCUCGUGGCGGGCAAGACAAAGACAAGAACAAAAAGAAAAAAAAGAAAGGUAGCAGACCAGGAGCUGAUGUUGGCGGCGGAGACUCUGAACCUGAUGAGCCUCUAGAGCCAAAACCAGCUCUUAAAGUUCAGAGGAAAGGCGACGUUUUUACAAUACAGGUAAACCCAUUGAAAGAUUUAACAGAUAUAGCACCAAACGAAGAUCCGUACGUAGAUUGUGAUCCAAUGGUUUUUAAGAUUAUAAAAAAACGGAGUCCAGAGGAACAAGCAAAGGUUGAAGCUCGAAAAAUGGUUAAGUUAAAAAAACAACGUGAUGCUGAUAUCAGGAAGGCCUUGAGUGAAGCUGUAGAAGACAUUUGCAAGUGUGCGUACAUGGAUGUGUUUUGCAAUGAUCUCUCUGCAAUAGACAGGGUGAUAGACAGUUGUCCGGCCUUCAAGGAACCCGAAUGCGUUUGCCAAGAAGAAUCUUUGAGCUCUUUGUCAAGUAAUGCCACUUGGGAUAUUGAAUACACUCCUCCUUUUGGAUGUUUCGAUUUGAGUCCCAGAAAAAGGAAGGCCUUUAUUCACGUAGAGACACAAUAUAUUCCCGCAGACGCAGGCAUAGUGGAGCCACCACCAAAGCCUAAAUGCAAAAGGUCAUGUGCAUCUUUGAGGCCUAAAAGAACAAGAAGGAGCUGUUGUGGCCGCUGCUCCUAA